AUGGAAUCUCAACAUACAGGGUCAGCCCUAGGCGCCCUAGGUGCAAACUUCAACGAAAAGCUCACAUGGAUGGACCACAGCGAGCUGCAACGCGUCAACACCCACUGGAUCCGCGGCUUCAUAGACAUGCAUCAAAUAGACACCCUGCAUGCUACCCAAGACCCCAACAUACAAGCCCUCUUCAGGGCCAUAGACGCCGACUAUCAAACAAUCCUCACUUUUAAGUGGAACUACACCAACCUCAGCUUCCCAGCUAUAUCCAGCGCCGCAUUUACCACCGAGCUCGAGCGUUUGGACCGCAUACUCCACGUAGUCAUGGGCAAAGUCAAUAUCCUAGUUAUCGGCAACGAGCCCUUCAUCGAAGUCCAGCCUGGUCAGGCAGAUACCCGAUUAAACAUCUUCUACGAAACGCUCGCCGACACGGUGAUCAAUUUCCGCAAUACACACGGCGGUUCAACAAGAUUAUACAUGGGUGCUCUAAACCGACUAGAUCUCCCCGCAAAACAAACCCCAGCCGUUGAGCGUAUGCUCCGCUUCAUCGCCUCAAAACCAGAGCUCGAAGGCGUGGAUCUGCAUCCGCACAUGCCCACUCUAGAGGGCCACAAACUCAUGCUAGAGUACGUUCUCUCGCGCAUUCGACCCGACCAGCGCUUCCUGGCGACCGAGUUCUCACUAGUCUGGCACUGGAAGAAGCACCUGGCGGACGUCGUGUCAGGGGCUUUUUGUGCUAGAUAUGGGUUUCCGGCUGGAAUUAGGGUUCAUGAGAUUAUUAGCGCUGCUAUGCAGAACCCGUGGCCCUAUGCUCAGUGGGAGGAUUUUCUAAGUCAGGAGUCGUGGUAUAUACAGCGUCGAUCCUUUCUUGUUAAUGCUAUGAAGCUCUAUCGGGCUACUGGGAGGCUUGAGGUCGCUACUUAUUCAUUUUGUCCGAUGCGGUUCAGAAAAUUGCCUCUUCCUGUGGGCGGGGAUCCAUGGAUGCUUAAUGGGGUUUAUGCGCCUUCGACAGUUCAGCUUCGGCCGGAUGGGUCUAGAUAUGAGAAUUUUCCUUGGGCAGAGGAGUUUCGGAAGGUGCAGAAGGGGGUAGUAUAA